ACACGGUUACAAAUUCGUGUCUCGGAACUGUGCCAUUGUGGGCAGCAAAUUACUGUGCAGUCGCGGAAAAGUGCAAAAUUAUACAAUUUAUGUUCACCGUUUCCGGUUGUGUCUAGUGUCGAUCGUGAGUUCGUCUGGUGGGCCAUCGUGGAAGACUGUUUUCCGCGAGGAAACUGCGCGUGAAAGUGCGAAAAAGUUGAUCGGAAAAAUUGGUGCAGCAAAUUUGGGUUUGCUUCUGAUGGCCCCGAAGUGAGUGAAAGAAGAAAAACUGUCCCCGGUGGAGUGACAAGGAACGAACGUUCGGAAGGCGUUGAAUGCGGAGGCGAAAGUGAGACCGCGGUUAACGGAGAAGAGUACGGAACUUUUUGUGUGCACGGAAUGAAACGCUACUAGACACGGGAAAAGUGCGAGUGCAAGCGAAAGGUGGCUAGUGUUGUGCUUUCUCGUUUGCUCGUGUGAAUGUUUGCGGUCACACAAUCGGUUAUCUUGUGCUUGUGUGAGUGACAGUGCGGGGGUGGGUCAUAGAGUGAGCAUUUCCGGAAAAUUGGUGAAGAAUGAAAAUUUUAGUGGCAAUGUCUGUGGAAGAGGAAAAUCUUGUACCAGAUGAGCUAAUAGCCGUCGAAGCAGCAGUAGGAAGCGCUUCCAGCUCCGGUGAGAAGUGAAAGAGUGCAGCCAGCCCCAUAAGAGCGCCAUCUGAAAGAGCGAGAAAGGAAGCAGCUGGAAAAUCGAUUUGUACUUCUGGUUCGUCGUUGUCGUCGACGGUGAUAUACACAACCUAGGCUAGGAGAAGAGUGCAUAAGAAUAGGUAUUUCUACAUAGGAAGGACUGUGGUGUGUCUGUCAGAAAUAAACCCCCAAGAACAAGCAGACAGCACAGACCUAUUUCAAGUAUCAACAAAAAAAGCGACCAGAACAGGGAAUCCCGCACAGGACGGGAGGACAGCGCGGGGGAAAGCAGCCAACAGAGAGAAGAAAAAUGCCGAGUGCUUCGUUUUCCUCGUCCCGGUCGUACGUGAGACGAUCCCGCAGGAAGGGAAAUCGGAUUCCAUUGCCGUCGAGAACGUCAGCACUCUGCGAGCCACCAUGUCAAAACAUUCCGGCCCCGAACGUGGGCGCAGCACCAACCGGUCAGCAGAACAACGGUCCCACCUUGGCCGCAGCGCCCGGUUCCGGAUCGUCCGUGAAUCCCGCCUCUUCCAGUUCCUCCAGCAGCGGCACCAACAGCACCAACUCCUCCAGUGGCAGCAACGUAAGUAACCUAAACAAUCCGAACGUACCAAUCAGCACAAGUACAAGCACAGCACCAUCUUCGGCGUCGUCCUCGUCAUCGUCCUCCGGCUCGUCUUCGUCACAAGGUUGCUCUUCCGUAUCUUCCUCGGCGCUGCUAACCGGAGCGGCAGCGUCUUCGUCAUCUUCCCUGGCGGUAGCAUCGUCGUCCACGUCGUCGCCGUCAGUAUCCUCCAAUGCCAUCUCCUCGGUUGCCCUCUCCGAGGUCAAACAGAACUCAAACUCGCCCUAUGAUCUAAGAAAGAAGUCUCCCCUGGCGGCACAUGACUCGGGCAGCUGGCUUGCCGGGUCUGGCAGUUCAGGUGGAUCCAGUGGAGCGGGACCGUCCUCCUCCGGCGGAAGCUCAAGCACUAGCAGUAACAGUAGUCAUAGUCUUUUACAAUCGCAUCAGUAUCAAUCUCUAGCUUACGAUGGCAAUACUGCCUACAUGCUUCCGGCACGGAAGCGACCUAGACGUACUUAUUCUACCAGCACAGAAACGACCGCCAUGGCAACGGGCAACUCCGGGAGUUGCGUUGGCAGUGUGUUAGGCAAUUCCACCGUUACUUCCAACAGUGCCACGGUGACGGCGCUUUGUAUGCAAUCGGCCGCCCAUUACCUGCAGUAUGAAAUGCCAGACGAAGUUCUGUUAACCAUAUUCUCCUAUCUGCUCGAGCAGGACCUCUGCCGGGUUUCGCUAGUAUGCAAACGCUUCCAAACAAUCGCUAACGAUACGGAACUGUGGAAACGACUCUACCAAAGCGUAUAUGAGUACGACCUUCCGCUGUUCAAUCCGGAACCGUGUAAGUUUAUCUUUGUCAAAUCGGAAGAUUCAGACUAUGCGAAUCCAUGGAAAGAGAGCUUUCGGCAGCUGUACAGAGGUAUCCAUGUGAGGCAAGGUUACCAAGAUCGGAGGUAUCAGGGUCGAAGUAUAGCGUACUUUAACACGGUUCAGGCAGCCCUGGACUACGCCGAUGAGAAAAAUUCGGCCAACAACAAUCCUGCCGGCGUGGUGGGCGGAAGCAAUAGUAGUAAUAGCAACACUAGCACUAGUAAUAAUGGUAAUAAUAGUAGCUCUAGUAACUCUGGAUCCAGCUCUGCUGCUGGUGGGGGAGCAGCUACCGCCACUGGCGAUGAAAACUGCCCACCGGAGAACAACGGAUCGUUAAUCUUUCUUCAUCAUGGCACAUACCGGGGCGAGUUUCUGGUAAUCGAUUCGGAUGUGGCACUGAUCGGUGCAGCACCGGGAAACGUGGCCGAAUCGAUCAUCCUGGAGCGGGAAUCGGAAUCGACUGUGAUGUUUGUCGAGGGUGCCAAGCACGCCUAUGUGGGCCACAUGACGUUGAAAUUUUCGCCGGACGUAACAUCGACGGUGCCCCACCACAAACACUACUGCUUGGAGGUUAGCGAAAACUGUAGUCCGACGAUCGAUCACUGUAUCAUCCGGAGUACGUCAGUGGUGGGUGCGGCGGUUUGCGUCAGCGGUGUGGGUGCCAAUCCACUGAUCAAGUACUGCGACAUUAGCGAUUGCGAAAAUGUUGGCUUGUACGUGACGGAUUACGCCCAGGGGACCUACGAACAUAACGAGAUUAGCCGGAAUGCGCUGGCCGGUAUUUGGGUGAAAAACUAUGCUAGUCCAAUCAUGCGUGAAAACCACAUCCACCACGGGCGGGAUGUAGGAAUUUUUACCUUCGAUAACGGGAUGGGAUAUUUUGAAAAGAAUGACAUUCACAACAAUCGAAUAGCGGGCUUCGAGGUGAAGGCGGGAGCCAACCCGACGGUGGUCAAGUGCGAGAUCCAUCACGGUCAAACCGGAGGGAUAUACGUCCACGAGAACGGACUGGGCCAGUUUAUAGAGAAUAAGAUCCAUUCCAAUAACUUUGCGGGUGUUUGGAUCACAUCCAACAGUAAUCCGACGAUACGGAAAAAUGAAAUCUACAACGGUCAUCAGGGUGGGGUGUACAUAUUCGGCGAAGGCCGAGGACUGAUUGAGCAUAACAAUAUCUACGGUAAUGCACUAGCUGGUAUUCAAAUUCGAACGACAAGCGAUCCGAUAGUGCGGCACAACAAGAUUCAUCACGGGCAACAUGGGGGCAUCUAUGUGCACGAGAAGGGUCAAGGAUUGAUAGAGGAGAACGAGGUGUACGCCAAUACGCUGGCCGGAGUGUGGAUUACGACCGGAAGUACGCCGGUUCUAAGGCGGAACCGUAUCCACUCAGGCAAGCAGGUCGGGGUGUACUUCUACGAUAACGGCCACGGCAAACUGGAAGAUAACGACAUAUUUAACCAUCUGUAUUCGGGGGUUCAAAUUCGAACGGGAAGCAAUCCGGUGAUUCGAGGAAAUAAGAUUUGGGGCGGCCAAAACGGUGGAGUGUUAGUGUAUAAUGGGGGGCUGGGGCUCUUGGAGCAGAACGAGAUUUUCGACAAUGCGAUGGCCGGAGUGUGGAUUAAGACUGAUUCAAAUCCUACGUUGAAACGAAAUAAAAUCUACGAUGGCCGUGAUGGUGGCAUCUGCAUUUUCAACGGUGGCAAAGGUGUUCUAGAAGAGAACGACAUAUUCCGAAAUACUCAAGCCGGAGUACUGAUAUCCACGCAGAGCCAUCCCAUUCUUAAACGGAACCGGAUAUUCGACGGAUUGGCGGCGGGCGUUGAGAUAACCAACAAUGCCACGGCAACGCUGGAGUUCAACCAGAUCUUCAACAACAAAUUCGGGGGGUUGUGCUUGGCGAGUGGUGUGCAGCCCAUCACGCGGGGAAACAAGAUAUUCAACAACCAGGACGAGGUGGAGAAGGCCGUCUCCGGCGGUCAGUGUCUGUACAAGAUCAGCUCGUACACGUCGUUUCCGAUGCACGACUUCUACCGGUGUCACACGUGCAACACAACCGAUCGGAACGCGAUUUGCGUGAACUGCAUCAAGACGUGUCAUGCGGGCCAUGAUGUCGAGUUCAUCCGGCAUGAUAGAUUCUUCUGUGAUUGUGGUGCUGGUACCCUCACCAACCAGUGUCAGCUGCAGGGUGAACCCACGCAGGACACCGACACGCUGUACGAUUCGGCGGCGCCAAUGGAAUCGCACACCUUGAUGGUAAACUAGGGACUUGUUAUAUUUAUCAUACUGUGUUAAACAAAAAAAAAACUAGUGAAUGUAAAGAAAUAAUCCGGAAACAUAAAGUUCACACCACACACCCUCCCAUACACAUGCUAAGCAAAACGUGAAGAGAACAGCACCACACUAGUAUGUAGAUUGCUGGCGAAAACUGUGAACGCAACAUGUUUCAUCGUCAAUCCAAUAGUUGUUUCAGAAGACAAGAAAAAAACUAAUGCCAGUAAGAACUGUAUCGUGCUCCGACACCUCUCUAAAGCAAGACGUUAUGAAGAAAGUAACGAAUAUUAAGUAGGAUCUGUGAGUAGAAGCUUUUAAUUUCUGACGCAAAAAAGCCUAAAUAAUCGAUUUUUGGAAAUUAAGAAAGUACUAAUCAAUAAUUUCCCAACAACAUUCCCCACCUUUCGAGUCGCGAUCGGAUGCAAAAAAAAAAGAAUCAAAUUUAAGCGAGUACGCACUUCCCAGAGCACGGCACUGCAGACCAACCACCGGCGACGGAAGAGGAUCGAAUCUCGAUGUAAUUAUUAUUUAGAGUGUGUGUAGUUCAGGAAAAAAAAAUGAGUGCGUACUCCUCUCCGUAAUAGGCCAACAACAAUCCACAGAAAUAGUAUGUUGAAAAUUGAUUAAUCGACUUGUGUGUGUGUGCGCGUGCAAAGUUCACAAUGAACACUGUUGUUUGCAAUCGUUUUUGAUAUGGGUGUUUUUUUUCUAUCAUUGUGAAAUUCGAUGAAACAAAAUCGUGGAAUGGAUUGCUUCGUGACAUGCAAUGUGUAAGUAUUAUUAUUUCGUCUGAAAGAAGAGUGUACCUAUUGUGAAACUAUAUAUUUUGUUCAGAAUCAAAUUCUAGCGUAUUAGGCAUAAUCCCACGUAUACACUACUAGCGACUGUUCGUUUUGUUUCGCGCGCAUGUUUCUGUUCUCCUUUCAAUUGUAUCAAACCAACCGUGUAUAAUAGAAGUGUAAAUGUGAGUUUAGUGUCACGUCAUAACCACACGUCGUCCUUUCUACGACGCUUUAUUAGGAAAAGUCAGGCGGAGCGGGACAACUGAUAUUAUUGUGUAUUUGUGUACUAAUAUUUAUAUUUUUAGUUUUAGUUAGGUGUUCUUGUGUCCGUUUUCUGUGUUUUUCCUUGAAUGUUUGGGAAACCGAAACACGUUGCCUUUUCCGUAAAAAAUCCUGCUGAGACACUUUUAGUUUUCGAAAAUUUCCGUAUUUAAUGUUUAGAAAUAUAACUGUCGAUUUAUUUAAUAACGAAAUCAUGAUGCUUUUGGAAAUACUGCACGGUGGCUGUAAUUGGCCUUACUAAUAGAGUUGUCCUUCGUUAAUGGGAUAUAUCGUCCGCGAAACCAACAAACUGACUGGAUCUUGCAAUAACCGUACUUGAACAGUUGAGUUGAGAUUCUUCCUCUAAUGUCUGUCAUCAGUGUAUUGCAGACCUCUCUUCACGCCUGCCUUCGAAAGCAAGUUAAUCGCUGAAUUCAUAAAGACAGAUAACCUGAAAUAUAACCUUCAAGCAGACAGCUUAUCAACAUGAAGGGUCCUUUCUAAGAACUCUCGGUAGUUUGCCGAAUUAUGGUCCUCUUCUGCUCCAGACGAGAGCAUCGUCUCUUGCCGAUGAAGGUGAGAAAGCCUCAGAAACUAGCGAUGGAGUCAUAUGGAAAUAGAUAUAUGACUCCACAGGACACUUUUGCAAGGUAACAAUUUAUGCGUCGAAACACCCUGCUAAGAAACUUUUAGUUUUCGAAAAUUGUGAUAUUUAGCGUUUAGAAGUACCUACAACUGUCGAUUUAUUCAACAACCAAAUCAUGAUACUUUUGGAAAUACUGUAUGUUGGUUACGAUUGGCUUUACUGAUAGAUGUUGAUGUUAUCCUUCGUUAAAGAGAACUGUUGGGCCUGAUUCUUAUUCGUAUGACGUUCAAUAAAACGCAUGAAAGUUCGCCUUUGUUUUCAGUACAGCCGUAACUGUGAGAUCAAAACCCAUCAAAUGAUCUUAUCUUAUAAUGCUAGCUGUCCUAUUCAACAAAGGUAAUCUAACAGGAAUGUGUCUUGGUGGCAUGACAAGCUGGCAGGAUUAAGGAAGAAAUCCAGGUUGUUCAAUAGAGCAAAGAUAACUUUAGAUUGGAUUGAAUACAAAAAAAGCUCUAACGGAAUACAACAGAGGACUAAGGCACGCCAACCGUAAGGAAUGGUGACGGGUAUGUGAAAACAUCAACAACGCUACUGCGGCUGCAAGACUGCAUUAAGUCAUUUCAAAAGCGCAUGAGCAUUGAUAACCGUACAAUUCGUAGUUGGUACUCCGUGAUUGACAAGAAUCAUCUAAAUUGUAGAGGGAACCAACAGAUGUAGCUUGGAAGUAGCAUACCAUCUUCAGUGUACAUUUUCGAGGACUCUGAAAUUAGUAAUGUCAAUAAUGGCGCUGGCCACGUCCUUACGAUCAUCAGGGAAGGGAAGUAAUGUUAGUGUGACAUCCAUUGUUAAAAAAGACCGAGUAUACCUCUGCAUCCUCAUGGUUGCCACGGGAAGCAGUUUUGUUAGUGGGAGAUCAAAGCUACAUGAUCAAAAUCCAGUCCUCUGAAUAUUGUUUUUGUCAAGCUGACAACGAAACUGCUGAGCAUUUUCUCUGCAACUGCGGAGCAUUGCUGUUAACAUUUGGAAAAGGGUUAUUAGAGCCCUUGGAAGUUUGACAAAGAAGUCCUAAUAGAGUAAGAGACUUUUUAAAACGAGUUGUGCCCAUUUGGGAUAGUGUGCCACAUUAACCAAUGUCUAUCGCAUCUCAGUUGUGGAAGGAUAUUUAAUGGGCAUACCAUAAUAUUCGUAUAUAAUGGAAGCAUUGGCUAAAAUACUCUACAGAAGAAAAACACUCAGCUAAGCUACAAAGGAUAAGAGGCCUGAAAUGUAAAGUUACUGAGAAGAAAACGUAUACCAAGAAAUGGAUGUUCAACUUCUGCUUCAAUUCUCGGACUAAGUUCCUUUUUUGAAGUCACAUUCGUAGUUCAUCCUUAUUCUACUGUUCUCAAUUAAAUACUCACUAACGAAGGACAAUCUAUUCACUCCAAAUAAUCAAAUAUCAGCCUCAAACACAAAACUGAUCUCGAAUAUCAGCGUGUGUAAUCAUGCUCCGAAACCCGAAAAUGAAACGAACCAAACACAAUUCAACCCAGCUCACCGAGUCAGGUAGGACCAUCAAUCGUAGAUUUCUUACAACGAAACGAAUGAAGAAUCCCUCUAAACUCCGCCUACGCGGUAGCGUAAAACCAAACCAUACCAAGUACUCAUAAUUUUUAGGUCUCCGGAUUUCAAAUUUUAGCUUAAUUCUAAGCACCCCUGACAACUACACCAACCACAAGGCAGUUCCAUUUGAUCUAGAAAAGCGAAAUACGUUCCUUAACUGUCCAACUUAUAUAACGCGCCCCUCUUCGAAAACAGCCACGAAUGAUCGUUUUUUCAGUGUGGAAAAAUUGUUGUGGUUCAUCGAUCGUCAAUCAGGCUCUCUCUAGUUUGUAAAACAGUUAAAAAUCAUCCCCAACAGCAGCGUUUUCACCCCCAUAGCAACGCAAUUCGAAUAAAAAAUCUGACGCAAGUGUAUUCUCAAAAUUAGUGUAACAUGUACCUUGACAAAUCAGAAAAAAAACACAUUGCUUGUAAAAUUGUUAACUCACACGCCAAGCUACGUGCGCGCGCUCUGUAUACUGUGUCCCAGUGCAUUUAUCUGUGUUACAGGUUUAGAUUUUUAUGUUUUUUUUACGCGCGACACAUAUUGUAUCGACAUUUGAUAAUCUUUAUUUUUUUUUUACUGUGUAUUAAAAUGAAUGUGUUCGAAUCGUACCAUUAGCUCUGCUUUUUUUAGCGCGCCGAGAUAGCAUUAGUAGAACGGAUGUGUAUUAUUAUUCUAUUAUUAAUAUUAUUAUUUUCGGCUUAGUUCGAUCGAACGUACGUAACCCAAAUCACUCAUCGUCACGCGUAUUGUGAUGUUUUAACCGUGUAUUAAUUUUAAUGGUUGACGAGCUAUCACAUUUGUACUGAAUCAAACACUAAUAGGUAGAAUGAAAACGAGUUAUAAUUAGUGUAAUUGGAAUCACUUGAUGUAGAUGCAAGCCAACGACAAUUGUAAAUUUCUGUAUAUUGCACUUUUUUGCGCGCCGAUCUUAAACAAUUACAUUAAACCAUAUGCUUUUUUGUACAAUUUUUAUAAUUUUGUUUGUUUUAUUUCUUCGCUCGCUUUUAUUGCGCAUCGUUUCGUUAUGUUGAAAGAAACCUUCCUUGUGUUAUUGUCUUUUGUAUCGAUUGGUGUUCUACUUUUUCGUUUCCACAUUCCGGGGAUCCUUCAUCAUGUAUUAUGCUUAUGUAUUUUUGUUCACGUGUUGUAACAUUUUAUGUCGGUAUUUUUACGAUUUUUUACAAAUCUUAAUUUUUGGACUAUCAACAUUAAAUUUUGCGAUUUGGAGGAAACUCCCCUAAUGGAGAUUUCAAGAUUUCCUGCCUAAUUCAUCCAAAUUUGUAAAUGCUGAUCAUGAUUGGCGGCACCCUUUGCUUCCUCAUUCAAAUCGAUGAGCCUGUCAUGGAGGCUACUUCGAUUUGCUGCUCCGAAAAUUGGUGGUCUAAAGCAAAUUUCGAAGCAAUUCUCAACAUUAUUGAUUUCACCAUUCACCCUUUAUCACAGCCCCAAAGCAGGCUUCGACUUUUGUAAAUGGAUUAUUAGGGCUUCGUGGCCGUGCGGUUAGUUUCAUCAGGCAGUAAACUCAUGAAGUGUGAGAUUGAAUCACGCUUCAAGCUUCGAAACUUUUCAUGAGAAUUGUUUCCCGGCCAUAUCAUUGCAGUACAUUGUUAGUUGUCUCCUGUUAUGUUAUAAUCAGUGCAGCUAGAUGUUUGAAUAUGGUGUCCGUGUCUUCUUUAUAUAAAUAGACCUUUAUGAGUUCAAAUAUGUUGUGAUAUAUGUUAUAAUUCAUGUAGUUUGCGUAAAUUGAUUUUGCUUAAACAUUGCUUGUCCACAGUAAAUGCAAGUUUACGAUUGACUUAAGUUCGUCCAAAUCCCCAUUACAACAACUCAAGUACAGACGUAAGUGAACCACAGUAAGUAUCCACAUCAAUAUUCUUCGUUCGGGGAAAAAAGUAUUAUGAUCAUAUUUGAAAAAUUUGAAGCGUGACCGAUUUCGAAUGAAUGUGUGUCAAUUUCGUUUACAUCUUGUAUGUUAAUCCAGUGUCCCAAAAAAAAAACGCAAAUAGUGAAAUUACCCAUCAUAUCCCAAAGAUACCUUGUAAAUAAUCCACACCGACUGUAAUCAACUUUAGCCAGAAAAUGCAAAACCAGCACAACCGCAUCUGGUUCCAGUAAAUGUGAAAGAAAAUGCAGCUGCUGAUGUUCUGCAAAAUCGACUGUUUAGAUGAGACCCCACACCGAAAUCAGAAACAAGACUUGAAGACGGCUGAACUAA